AUGCUGGCGCUUGCCGCCAUCUUGAUAGUGCUCCUCCGGUCUGUUGGGCUUGGGAACCAAAGAACGAACCAUGACCAAGACGGACGCCUCCUCGUUGGGGUGCCUACGGUCGGUGUCUCGCCAAACCAGGUCUUGAUCCCCUGGGUGCGAGCCAUUGCCCGCUCGAUUACACAGACUGCCAACAACGUCGCCCAUGGCUACACACACUUUUGCAAGAAGCAUGGGCUCCCCUUUGCGAUCCCCAGCUUUGGCGCCGGUACCAUCGUCAUCGUCCCGCCCCACCUCUUUGACGCCGUCCUCAACCGGCCCGAGAGCGAGAUCAUGGCAUUCCCCGCGCAGAUGAGGACAUUGCAGCCCCGGUACAUGAUGGCCGCCGAUCCGGAGUUGUCGCUGUUCAGGAACCCCGUCCAGUUCGACGUGGUGAGGAAGUACAUGGGCCACAACGGAUACGGCUUCUUCGCCGCCGCCACGGCCCACGAGACAGACGACGCUUUCCGGACGUACUUGGGAAUCGACACCGAGAACCCAAGGACAAUCAACAUCUGGCAGACGGCUCAACGCAUCACUUCGCGGACGGCCAACCGAGCGUUCCUGGGAUUGCCGCUGUGCAGAAACGAAACCCUGCUGCAAGAAUGUGCCUCGUACGCCAAAAUGGUCUACCAGGGCGCAGUGUUCAUUGGCGCCCUGCCUGAGAGCCUGAAGCCGAUGCUCGCGCCCGUCUUCGGCCUGCUGUCAAAGAGCCACAGGAGGAAAUGCAUGGACAUCCUUGUCCCAGCCGUCAAGGGCAGAUUGCAGCAGUGGAGCUCUCGAAAGGGUCAAGAGGUGAUGCCAAACGACGCGCUGCAGUGGAUCAUCGAACACUCAGCAAGACAGCAGGGCGCGGGAAACAACAAGAGCAGCACAUCCGAGGGCAUCGACGCCGAUCUGGUCGCCCAGCGCCUGCUGGUCCUCCAGAUCGUCUCGACCUACACUGUAGCGCUGACCCUCGCCCCUCUGAUCGUGAACCUCUACAGCAGUCCACGGUCCCCGGAAUUCAUCGCCGGCCUGCGCGAGGAAUGCGAGCGCGUCGCCGCUUCUUCCCACGACGGCUCCCUCUCAAGCCGGGAAGCGGUCGACAAGUUAUUCCGCGUCGACUCUGCCGUGAGGGAGUCGAUGCGCGUUUCCCCGUUCGCCGUCAUCAACCCCCUACGCAUCGUCGGCGGCGCUGGUCUCACCACCCACCUCCCAGGCGGCGGCGGCGAUGACGACAUGACCAAAAGUGGUGGCAAGAUUUUCCUGCCUCCCGGAACGACAAUAGGUCUCCCGAUCCAGGACGUCCAGCACGAUGUGGACAACUAUCCCGACAGCCCUCUCGAGUACGACGCCUUUCGCUUCUCCGGGCCUUUCGAGAGUCCUCUUGCCCCCACUGAUAAUGAUAAUGAUCACGGCGACUAUGCACGCGACCAACAAGAACUCGCAUCCAAGGCGACAAAGACUUUCUUGCCGUUUAGUUAUGGCAAGCAUGUCUGCCCGGGGCGGUGGUACGCGACGCAGACGCUCAAGCAGAUUGUUGCUUACAUGGUCAUGCAUUACGAUGUCGAGUUUGUGGGGGACAAGAGCCGGCCGGGAAGCUUUCUGAGCGCGAAUCUACCUCCUGAGAAGGACGAGAUUCGUGUUGUGCGUAGACGGACAAGGUAA